UUUCCUUUGGCUUGCCCCAACUCUCAGCAUGCGUGGUGCCAGAUCCUCAACGUAUCAGAGCUAAAAGCUUCUUUCUUUGCCUAUUCGGGGAGGUACCCCAAUGAAACAAUGCUGAAUGUUUCCACCCCCCAAGGAAACCUCUACAGCUUAUACGUAGGUGUGGCGUUGGCCAUCGGCUCCAGUAUCUUUGCGGGUUCCAGCUUUAUACUGAAAAAGAAGGGCCUGUUGCAAAUGGCUGCAAAAGGUUUCACGAGAGCUGGAGAGGGGGGCUACUCUUACCUCAAAGAAUGGCUGUGGUGGGCAGGUUUGCUUUCAAUGGGAAUAGGAGAAGCUGCUAACUUUGCCGCAUAUGCCUUUGCCCCUGCGACUUUGGUCACCCCGUUGGGUGCACUAAGUGUCCUUAUAAGCGCAAUCUUGUCUUCCUAUUUCUUGGAUGAAAAGCUCAAUGUUCAUGGAAAGCUGGGCUGUGUGUUAAGCAUUCUGGGUUCCACAGUGAUGGUGAUUCAUGCUCCUGAAGAGGAACAAGUCACAUCAUUGGAUGAAAUGGAAAUAAAACUAAAAGAUCCAGUAUUCAUCGCAUUUGCUGCUGUUGUAAUUGUGACCUCACUGGUACUCAUUUUUGUGGUCGUUCCACGGUUUGGACAGACGAAUAUAUUGGUCUACAUCUCCAUCUGUUCACUGAUCGGUGCUUUUUCGGUCUCUUCUGUCAAGGGCCUGGGUAUUGCUAUCAAAGACAUGCUUUAUCAGAAGCCAGUCUUCCGAAAUCCACUGCUUUAUGUUUUAGCAGUAGUUCUGGUGCUGGCUGUUAGUACUCAGAUCAACUACCUCAACAAAUCACUGGAUGUGUUUAAUACAUCUCUAGUGACUCCCAUUUAUUACGUGUGCUUCACAACCACCGUGGUGAUCUGCUCCGUUAUCCUCUUCAAAGAAUGGAAUAGCAUGGAACUUGGUGAUAUCAUUGGGACCUUGAGUGGAUUCUUCACCAUAAUUAUUGGCAUUUUCUUUCUUCACGCUUUUAAAAAUAUCAGCAUUACCUGGAACCAAUUGGCGACUUCUGUUAAAAGAGACCCAGUCUUGCCUUUGCAUGGUUAUGAGGCUCAUCAUACUUUAUUAGAAAACAUGGAAGCUCCAGCUUUGAUACGUGAGGAGGAUAAUACUCUGUUCAGCGGAGGAAAUGAACAACAGUAUGUCCACCACUAA